AUGACUACACUUCAACAUACAUUUAAAACUAAAAUUUUAAAAGUUGAUCCUUCCUGCAUUCAUUUCCCACCUAAUGCACAUUUGGAUGGCUCUCUACCGACUAUUACCGAUCCUGCAACAGAAGAUGCUCUAUUAGAAGCUGCUAAAAUCAUUAGAGACACAGAUGAAACAGUCGCUUUCCCAACAGAAACGGUUUAUGGUCUUGGUGGUUCAUCAUUGAAUGAUAAUUCUGUCAAAAAUAUCUAUAAAGCUAAAAAUAGACCUAGUGAUAAUCCAUUAAUUUCUCAUGUGUCGUCAGUGGAUCAAUUAAAUCGAAAAAUUUACUUACAAUCGAACUUAAAGAAAAAUAGCUUGCUAAAUAAUAUUCCCAAGAAUUAUCACUCACUAAUUAAAAAGUUAUGGCCUGGCCCACUGACUAUUAUUUUACCAACACCAAAUCCUGAAAUUCAAACAUUAUCUAAGCUAACAACAGCAGAUCAACCAACUUUUGCAGUUAGAAUUCCCUCAAACCCAGUUGCAAGAGCAUUGAUAGCUUUAAGCGAUACACCAAUUGCUGCACCUUCUGCCAAUGCUUCAACAAGACCAUCUCCAACUCAAGCUUCUCAUGUGUUUCAUGACCUACAAGGCAGAAUUCCCUUGAUUCUUGAUGGUGGCUCCUGUGAUGUAGGUGUAGAAAGCACUGUUAUUGAUGGCCUAUCUUCACCUCCAAUGCUAUUACGUCCUGGUGGUUUUACAUAUGAACAGAUUGUAAGAUUAGGAGGAGAGCAAUGGUCUAAUUGUAAAGUAGAAAACAAAAAAACAGUGGCUAAAGGUGAAAAAGUUAGAACUCCUGGUAUGAAAUACAAACACUAUUCUCCAUCCGCAAAAGUUGUUUUGUUGGUACCUAAUGAUGAUAAAUCUUCACUAACUACAGCAUCUGAGAAGAUUCAAAAAUUUAUUGAUAUUAUUAAAAGUGAGUUAACUAAGCCUAAUUCAAUGUCUGCUAUUAAUAUUGCAGUUUUGUCUUCCUGCCAACUCACUGAUCUCAUUACAAGUGACAUUUUGUUGAAACACGUUCCAAAUAAGAAAUUUUUAAUUCAAAGUUUGGGAACCGAUGGUGAAACUAUUCAAACAAACCUUUUUUCUGCCUUACGUAAAGUUGAUGAGGAAGAUAAAGUAGACAUUAUCUUUGUUGAAGGAAUCCAUGAAACUGGUGAGGGAUUGGCAAUUAUGAAUAGACUGAAAAAAGCAGCAGGAGAAAAUAAUUUGGUACUCUUUUAA